AUGAAAGAUGAUGUUAAACCAAAACCAACUAAUCAUUGUGUGACGGAAAUGAAUUCCUUUCGUACACUUCUGAAUCUUGCCUCACAACUUGUUGAACUUCAGCAAGCUUAUUGUAACAAAAGAAAAAGUGUGACAACAGGAGGAAUUCAAAGGAAGGGAAAUGAAACAGUGUUGGCUACAGAAGAGGAUAUAAGAGAAUUAAAAAAAGAAUUGAAAUCAAUAAUGGUUUAUACAUUUUAUCCAAAAGACUGGAUAAAAUGUAACAGAGAAAGUAAGGUGUACACAAUUUACCCAAAGAAAGGAACUAGAUUCCAGGUUUACUGUGAUCAAGAGACAGAAAGGGGUGGAUGGACGGUUAUACAAAGGAGACAGGACGGAUCUGAAAAUUUCUUUAGGACCUGGAAAGACUACAAAAUUGGAUUCGGAAAUCUGUCAAAUGAGUUUUGGCUAGGGAAUGAGAAAAUCCACACAAUUACAGAAUCAGGCAAUUACAAGCUGCGCAUCGAUAUGGGGGACUUUUCCCCAAAUUCUCGUCAUGCAAUAUACAGAACAUUUAAGGUUGGAAAUGAAAGAUCUGGAUAUGUUUUGAAAGUCUCAGGUUUCAGUGGAAACGGUGGUGAUUCAUUGGCCUACCAUAAUAAUGCAAAGUUUGCUACAAAGGAUCAUGAUAACAAGGAUAACUGCGUAAAGCAACAUAAAGCAGGUUGGUGGUACACAGACUGUCACCGUGCUAAUUUAAACGGUCUCUACCUGAAAGGGAAACAUAAAUCCUAUGCUGACGGUGUGAACUGGUAUAACUGGAAAGGGUUCUAUUACUCCCUGAAAUUUACUGAGAUGAAAGUAAGGAAAACAAACAACUAA